GUUGCCAUGGUGCCGUGAGGCGCCCGCCGCCAUGGCGCUGCCCUCGCCGCCCCCGGCCCGCGUCUUCGCCGAGCUCCUCCCGGCCCCGGCGCCGGUCCCGGCCCCGGCGCCAUCCGGGCGGGAGGUGCAUGUAAGCGGCAGCGCGGAGCUGAGCGCCGGCCCGGACCGGGCGCGGGUGUCGCUGCGGUUGGGUAGCCGAAAGGAGGCGGCCGGGGCGGCGCGGAGCAGCGUGGCCCGCCGGCUGGAGUACAUCGCCCAGAGCGCCCGUCAGCGCGGCGUCCCGGAAGAAAAUAUGACUGUAACAGAGGAUUUCAGUAGAGUAGAAAAUACUUACCAAAUGGAAGCAGAGGUCUGUAUUAUAUUCAGCGAUUUUGGAAAAAUGCAGAAUGUUUGCAAUCUACUCAUUGAAAAGUUAGGAACCUCUGUUACCAUCAGUCCACCUCAUUUCUACCAUACACCAGAAGCUGUAGACACCCUUCGCCGUCAAGUAUGUGUGGCAGCUGUUGGAAACACACGGCGGAAAGCUCAAGAAGUCUGUCGACUGUUUGGCCAGUCAUUGGGAAAACCUUUAUUAAUAAAAGAAGAAGAAACAAAAGAAUGGGGAGGCCACAUAGACAGUCAUCUAUCGAACUCCCCAGAUUCACUGACCCUGCAGGAAAGAAUCCAGAAUGCUACUGCUUAUGCUUCUUGUAGAGUGUUUGCUGUGUUUGAGAUAAAGGGAAAAGAAAACAGAAGACAUAAGUUGCUCUAGGAACUUUCAAAUCCUACACAUUUUCUUAAUAAAAUUUUUAUGC